AUGAGUAACACGGAUUUCUUGGGGCGGGCAAUCGAUACUGUGAAGAAGGCGAUCGAGAAUGACAAUGACGGCGAGUACGAGAAGGCCUAUCAACUCUACUACUCCGCAUUGGAGUUGUUUAUGCUGGCUCUCAAGUGGGAGAAGAACCCCCGGUCAAAGGAGAUGAUCCGGGCGAAGGCCGGCGAAUAUAUGGAUCGCGCAGAGAAGCUGAAAAAUCAUCUUGCAACGCCGGACGGUGGGAAAAAGCCAAGCGCGGUGGGCGCGAAUGGCAAGGUAUCGCAGGGAAGUGGGAAGGGCGAGAAAGAAGACGAUAACGGCGAGGACGCGGAAUCCAAAAAGCUUCGCUCGGCGCUUCAAGGGGCCAUCUUAUCUGACAAGCCGAAUGUUAAAUGGGAGGACGUUGCUGGCCUGGAGGGGGCGAAGGAGGCACUGAAAGAGGCCGUCAUCCUCCCGAUCAAGUUCCCGCACCUUUUUACUGGCAAGCGACAACCCUGGAAAGGCAUCUUGCUCUAUGGCCCUCCGGGUACCGGAAAGUCCUAUCUUGCCAAAGCUGUCGCAACAGAGGCAAACAGCACAUUCUUCAGUGUGAGCAGCAGUGACUUGGUGUCGAAGUGGAUGGGUGAAAGUGAAAGGCUUGUGAAACAGCUCUUCAAUAUGGCCCGUGAAAACAAGCCUGCGAUUAUCUUCAUUGACGAGGUCGAUGCGCUGUGCGGACCUCGUGGCGAAGGUGAAUCCGAGGCGUCGCGACGUAUCAAGACCGAGCUUCUGGUUCAAAUGGAUGGGGGGGUUUUGAUUCUGGGUGCAACCAACAUUCCUUGGCAAUUGGAUGCUGCUAUUAGGCGACGAUUCCAGCGCAGAGUUCACAUCAGUCUGCCUGAUAUCAAUGCACGGAUGAAGAUGUUCAUGCUGGCCGUGGGCUCGACGCCGUGUCAUAUGACACAAGCAGACUACAAGCAGCUAGCCGAGAUGAGUGAGGGCUACUCCGGUAGUGAUAUCAGUAUCGCUGUGCAGGAUGCCCUGAUGCAACCUAUUCGCAAGAUUCAAACUGCGACACACUAUAAGAAGGUAACUGUUGAAGGUGAGGAGAAAGUCACCCCUUGUUCACCAGGCGAUGCCGGCGCAGUGGAGAUGACCUGGCUCAACGUGGAAGCCGACAAGCUCCUCGAGCCCCCGCUCGUUCUGAAGGAUUUCAUUAAGGCCGUGCGUAAUUCCCGGCCGACAGUCAGCAUCGAGGAUCUCACAAGGAACUCGGAGUGGACGAAGGAGUUCGGCAGCGAAGGAGCAUAA